GAAGAGGCGGCCGCGAAAUCAGCUGGCGGGGUGAAGCGAGGCGAGUGAGAGCGACCAUAACAAUCCAGCGUGACUCCACACUGCUACAUUGUGCAACCAUAAGGCAUCCCUGGCAUUCUUUUGGGUAGUGAGCACCACGACAAUAAAGAACAUAAAAGAAGACAAAGGACAGCGGCCAAAGAAGUGAUUCAAAGCGUAACAUGUCCAAAGAAGAAGAGUUUUGAGGAAACAAAGCUGUGGUGAUUGUUGCUGCCACACCGCCACGUCUGUCAAUACUACACCACCACAUCACACAGCCACCAUGAUGCAGGAAAGGGCCCCCUCUAAGAAGCUGUCCAAGGCAGUGCUAGAGUUAAAGUUUAUGAAGAAGAGCAAGGAGAAGGCCUUGAUGCAGGAGGAGAAUGAAGAGAGAGAGCAGCUGUAUCAUGACCAGCUGUCAACACUGCAUGAAGGAGCGGAGAAGAUAGUCAUGAUCAACUCCUAUGUGGACUGCCUUAAAUUCCUCCCCUGUCGUCUGUCCUUUGGCGGCAUGGACCAAGACAUUGAAAAGCUGAACGAAGAGCGACUCACAGGACUGUACACUGUUACCAAACCUCCACCCAAAGAGUAUGUCACAGAGAUGGAUGCUGAUGUCUCUGCUAAGGACAUGGCAGCUCAGUACCACCCCAGGGCCCACAGACCCAGUGCAGCCCACCACACCCAGGAGGAGCAGGAAGAAGAAGCAGAGGAUUCCAACUAUGAUGCAACACCCAACAAGCUUUCUCAAGACCAAAACAAGCCUGAAAGUGGCAAUAUGAGGAAAAUUUACAGAGAUCGCUUUGAAGGAGGAGGUGGUGGUGGAAGAGGGACAUUUAGAGGUAGAGGUAGGGGUUUCAGAAGAGGAGGAAGGGGUGGUAGAGGAGGGAGGGGAGGCAGAGGAGGGAGGGGAGGCAGAGGAGGGAGGGGAGGCAGAGGAGGGAGGAGAGGCAGGGAUGAGCGAGAUGGGGGUUUUGCAGGAGGCCGAGGCAAGGAGAUAUACGUGAAGGAGGAGGGUUUCUGGGGAGGCAAGGAGACUCUGAAGGGAUGUCUAGGGGCUAAUACCACCAGAGGGAAGGGCAGGGGUAACAAGCGAGGCCAUGAAGGCAACCAAGGACACACACAGGAUAGUGAUGGUUGGGGCAAGAAGAAAUUCAAAGCAGAGAGGAACUAAAUCACUUCUUUGCACCAGGGACACUGACCAAGGGGGGAAAAAGUGGGGAGGAAGGGAAGCCAGCCCAAGUCUAUUUGCUGUUACCAAGAAUCAAGGAAAGUCAGAGCUUGGCCAGUUUAGCUUCAGUUUGUUGGAGUUUUGCAAUUGUCAGUAAUUCAGGACAGUCCAAACUUUACCAUACAAGAGACCUAAUAAAUUUGUUACUAUAAUGGUGACAAACUCAGGAAGGUCCCCCACAUACAAGAGACCUUUCUCAAAUCUGUGUGUAUAAGGAUGUCAGUAACUCAGGAUUGUUCCUUAAAUUUCACUAUUUCAGAUAAAUUUGUGGCUAUAAAGAUGUCAACCCUCUUACUUUGCCAUACAAGAGGUCUUUCAGAUAAAUUUGUGUAUACAGAUGGCAACACAGACUUUCCCUCCUUGCAUACAAGAGGCUUCCAAUAAAUCUGCCUACAGAGGAACCAAUAAUACAAGCUUUCUCUAAUACUCACAUACAAAAGGCUUCAGAUAAUUUGUCUAUACAGAAGGCAACAACACAAGAUCCCCAGAUGUUCACUCCCUGCUAACAAGAGGUAUUUCUGACCAUUUCAUUGACCUAGGUGCAGUGAGUACUUGAAUGUGGGAUGCAUUACACUGGUGCACCACAGCAGGACUCCAUGUCAAGGUGUGUUGUCAACUAAGGGUUAUUUUUAUACCAGAUCAAGUGAGUUGUCCAUGCUUAGAUGUCUUUGGAAUCAGCAUGUAUAUCCUCACUCUCCAAGCACACUUGACCCUUCUCGCCAUAGUGUGUUAAUGGUACUUUUAAUAAAAUCUCUUAAAGUGA